AUGCGUUACGAAGAGCACAUUGCACGCGGCGGUUCCGGUGCACCGACAGCGCGUUGGGAGGCGACCUGGAACAUGUUACAGCCUAGGAACAUGUUAAUAACUACGAACUAUAUAAGAUAUAAGUUAAACUCUUUGAGGCUCCCGCCGUUUUCUACGGGACCCUCAGAACAGAGGCGAGGGCAGAGGAGAAGGACUAUCAGUAUCCACGGCUGUGAUUUCUGGUCGCCGGAGAAGUUGCAAGUAAAGUACUCCAUGUCUGGAUUCAUAUGCAUACAAAAUCCUGCUGCAGGUUUUUAUAGGCCAAGGAUUAUGGGAGGAUCACUGCACCCUUUUGCUGGGUGUAGCAGCACGACCCCGCAAUUUGAUGUUCAGCAUAGUUUCUCAGGCGAAAGAUCAGAUCUUACCUCUUAUGCUCAGCGUUUUAUUAGUGUUUGGGGCGUGCCAUGCGAAGACAUAUCGGAUGCCUACGGGAGACGUAUCAGCAUAAGGCCGUCGAACGUGCUGCUUCAUGCCCCCCAUAUCAUGGGUCUACCUCUACGCAACAGCAAUGUUAUUAGUGCAUCGAGCACUUACGUGUACACCGUGGAGAGUGACAAGAUGCAGGAAGGAGAGGACGUGUACAAGGCGAGGGCGCACGCCCUGGAGACCGACGUCGGCCGAACCAGUGGAGGAGGCCUGGUCAGGGUUUCGACUGAGCGUACAGGACUGGCGACGGUGGCCGGCCUUGAAGAGGAGAAACCUGCCACAGCCCAUCCAGCUCACAGAAGCGCUGUGGCAAGAGGGAAUUUCAGUGCACUCGUCCGCCGACUUGCUGUCCGCACCAUACCAUCCGUCGUUCCUCCUCAUCGCCGGAAUAGUGUGACAACGAGAGGCGGCAUGGAAGAGGUGGACUACAUGGUAGUGGAGGAGGAGUGGGAGCUGCACAAGGAUGACUUCUCGGGGGUCCCCCAAUUCAUGAAUGUCGUAGCAGGAAUCAUGGUCGUCUCGGCCGCCGUCGGAAUCUGCGCGAACCUAUACGUGGUGUGCGCCGCCUCCACGUCACUCAAAAGCAACGUCGUCAAUGUGUACGUGCUGCACCGGACGCUGGCCCAACUGUUGUUCCUGCUGUUCACGCCGACCCUGGCAGCACACAUUUUACUGCUCGGCUGGACGUUCGGUGACGUCUUCUGCCGGAUGACCGUCGGUUUCGUCCACAUCGCAGAAUACGCGGAGAUAUUCUUCCUGAUUGCCAUGAGCGUCGAUGGCCACAAAGCCUUCGACACCUACAGCACCGACACGCGCCUGCGGGACUCCAAGAUCGCUGCGGCCACCAUCUGGGUCCUCGCCAUCCUCUUGGGCGCCCCGCUGUUCGCACUGUUCGGUACGGUGCAGGGCCCGGACGGCAUGGCCUUCUGCACCCUCCUCUACAUCAACUGGGGCACAAUCGUGAUGGUCAACCACGUCCACCUCCUGCCUAUACUCAUCGCGCUCGUGGUGCCGUGCGCGCUGCUGCCGGGCAUGUUCCCUCCGCGGGACGGCCGGCGGAGGGAGCUCAGCGACGAGGCCCUGGCGGCCAGACGUCUGGUCCUGGCGCUCGUGGCAUCCUUCUGGCUCUUCCGUCUGCCGUACGCCAUCACCCAAUUCUGCGCCACUCUCACCCACUACUUCAACCCGACCCUAAUAACGGCGCUGCACCUGACGGCGGUGCUGCCCUACGUCAACGCCGCCGUCGACCCCGUCAUCUACAUAGUGCUGCGCCGGAGCCUCGCCUCCCCGCGCGCAGCCGCCCACACCAGGGGCGUCGAGAUCACGUACGUGAACCUCAUCCCCGAACUCUAGGACGGGACCUAGGCUGGGGGGGGGGGGGGGUCGCGUCGCUCGGCCGGCGCUUUAACUACGGCUCGAAGUACAGGCGAAAGGCCCGGGAUGCGUAUAGGAAGAAUGCAUGGCCAAGAUUUACAGCCACAGCGUGUCAGUAUGCAAAUAUAUACGUAUAUAUAUACAUAUACACAAGUGUGUGUAUGUGUGUAUAUGUAUAUAUUUAUAUAUAUAUGUUGAUAUAUACACACACACACACACACAUACACACACACACACAUAUAUAUAUAUAUAUAUA